AUUUGAUUAUUUUCUUCACGCCAUUCCUUCUUUUCUCUUUCCUCCCAGGUCUGUUAUUCACCACCUCAUCGACAUACGGAGCUCGGCUAAUCGUUCUAUCAGGAUUUGAUAGCCAUCUCAUCCUUCCCAAUCACCAAAUAUGAGCGGCAAAAAAUACGCUCUUCUUCCUAUGGAAGAUGAUGAUCUGGGACCUACAAAAGUUGUAGAGAGAAAGAAGGAAAAGCGACGGCAUGGCGAAAAAUCCUCUCGAAGAGAAAAGAACCGAGAUCGAAGCCGAGAAAGAGAGCGAUCUCCCCGUCGAGAGAGACAACGAUCCCCUCGGCGUGAGGACAACCACCGUUCAAAGACCAUUCGCAAACGAGAUGUGAACGAGGCCGAGUUCGAGGACCGAUGGGGAGAUGAGGAAUAUAUCUCUGAGCCCGAACCAGAAUUCCAGGAAUCGGCUUCUAAGCGGGUGAAGACUUCACACGACGAGAAUGAAGAUGAUGGGCUGGACGAAGAUGAGAGAGAAAGGCGAAGAGAUCAGGCAGAGAAGGAUGCGUUUGUGCAGCGAUUACAUGCCAAAGACGCGGAUAAGACGAAGAAGAUUGUUGAGGAUCGGUCAUCUACGAAAGAAGGCACUAUUCUGGCUCAGAGGAGAGCUUUGGCGGAAGAUGCUGCUGCCAGAAGCGCAGCUAUGCCGGAUCUGCGAGAGAGGUCACGGCAGGACUACCUGAAGAAGCGCGAGACAGAACGACUAGCGCUUUUGCGGAAACAAGUUGCAGAGGAGACGGAGGAAUUGAGAAGUGGCGCGAGGUUGACGGAGAGGGAGAAGGCAGAAUUCGCGAAGAACAGAGAGGUCUUACGGAUUGCAGAGGAGCGACUUCGGAUCGAUGAUCAUCUCGAUGGAUAUGCGAUGCCAGAUGAUUAUAUUACGGAGAAGGGGAAAAUUGACAGGAAGAAGAAAGAAGAGGCUAUGUACAAGCGGUAUGUGGAGAGGGACGAAUAUGGCCAGGAGAAAAUGGUUACUGAGCAUGAUGAAUGGGAAAGAGAGCAAGCUUCGAAAGCCAAGGCUCAGAUACAAAGUCGGGAACGUAAUGACGAUAACGAGUACGACUAUGUUCUGGAUGCUGAACAGGGUAUUAAGUGGAUCCAAGAUGCGGCACUUCCAGGGGAGGGCAAAGGACUGAGCAAGGAAGAGAGGUUUCUCUCCGAACAGUUGAAGGCUGCGGAGACGAAGGCAUUAUCAAUGGAAGAGACCCGGAAAAGCUUGCCCAUUUACGCAUACCGAGAGCAAUUUCUAGCCGCGUUAGAGGAGCAUCAGAUUUUGGUUAUUGUUGGAGAGACAGGAAGUGGAAAGACUACCCAACUGCCGCAAUACUUACACGAAGCUGGAUACACAAAAGAUGGCCUCAAAGUAGGGUGCACCCAGCCCCGACGAGUGGCCGCUAUGAGUGUUGCAGCACGUGUUGCAGACGAAAUGGGGGUGAAGGUAGGAAAUGAAGUUGGAUACUCGAUCCGAUUCGAGGAUUCCACGAGCGACAAGACCAUCUUGAAGUACAUGACGGAUGGUAUGUUAUUGCGAGAGUUCAUGACAGAGCCAGAUCUAGGCGCAUACUCGGCUCUGAUGAUUGACGAAGCCCACGAGAGAACUGUCCACACAGACAUCCUUCUCACUCUCAUCAAAGAUCUCUCAAGAGCCAGACCAGAGAUGAAGAUUCUUAUCUCGUCCGCAACGAUGAAUGCGACAAGGUUCAGCGAGUUCUUCGACGAUGCACCAAUUUUCAACAUCCCAGGUCGACGAUACCCCGUUGAUAUUCACUACACUCCGCAGCCCGAAGCCAAUUACUUGGCCGCAGCUAUUACCACAGUCUUUCAAAUCCAUACCUCGCAGGGCAAGGGUGAUAUCUUGGUUUUCUUAACAGGUCAAGAUGAAAUUGAGGCGGCGGAGCAAAAUAUCACAGAAAUAUCGAGGAAGCUAGGGAACCGAGCUGCGGAAUUGAUUGUGUGUCCUAUCUAUGCAAACUUACCAUCGGAGUUACAGAGCAAGAUCUUCGAGCCUACACCGAAUGGCGCUCGCAAAGUCGUUCUAGCUACCAAUAUUGCCGAGACCAGUCUUACUAUUGACGGCAUUGUUUAUGUUAUCGAUCCAGGGUUCGUCAAGGAGAACAACUACAAUCCCGCAACUGGGAUGUCUCAAUUGGUGGCUGUACCAUGUUCCCGUGCAUCAGCGAACCAGAGAAGUGGUCGUGCUGGACGUGUCGGUCCUGGAAAAUGUUUCCGACUGUACACAAAAUGGGCUUUCAUGAAUGAGAUGGAAGAAAGUACUACACCCGAAAUCCAGAGAACUAAUCUCAAUGGAAUCGUGUUGCUUCUGAAGUCCCUCGGUAUCAAUGAUCUACUGGAGUUCGAAUUUAUGGAUCCUCCACCAACGGAAACCUUGAUCGGAGCACUGAAUCAGCUUUUCGCUCUGCAAGCGCUCAACCACAAUGGAGAGCUGACUUCACUUGGUCGCAAGAUGGCCGAAUUCCCCAUGGAUAUCAUGCUUGCAAAAUCUGUUCUCGCAGCAGACAAGCUUGGUUGCGUCGAGGAAGUGCUAUCUAUUGUCUCUAUGUUAAGCGAAGCAGCUGCACUGUUCUUCCGUCCCAAGGACAAGAAAUUACACGCCGAUAGUGCCCGAGCACGCUUCACAGUCAAGGAAGGAGGCGACCACCUCACUCUUUUGAACAUUUGGAACCAAUGGGUUGAUAACGAUUUCAGCCCCAUCUGGGCCAAGGAGAACUUCCUGCAGCAAAGAUCGCUUACCAGAGCUCGUGACAUCAGAGAUCAAAUCGCUAAGCUUUGCGAGCGAGUUGAGGUUACCAUGUCCAGCGUUGGAGCCGCCGAGCUAGUCCCGAUCCAGAAAGCUAUCACGGCGGGUUUCUUUCCCAAUGCAGCACGCAUCCAACGCGGUGGCGACAGCUACCGAACCGUCAAGAACAAUACAACAGUGCACAUCCAUCCGUCAUCUGUGCUGAUGGACUCGAAUCCGCCUAUCAAGAUGGUGCUGUAUUACGAGUUGGUGCAGACCACAAAGGAGUAUAUGCGGAACUGUAUGCCGAUCAAGCCGGAGUGGCUUCAUGAGGCGGCACCGCAUUUCCACAAAAAGAAGGAUCUUGAUGCGUUGGAGGACAAGAAGAUGCCGAAGAGUAGGAUGUGACAUGUGUUGAUCUAGGUGUAUAUAGUAAACGGGAUGGAAUAUCUCCGUGUACAAAGUGUGGCGGGAUGUCCACCAUCUAUUCUUACACCAGCAUUGAUCCAAUGAGUCAAGUGGCUUGUGAGACGGCUCAUAUCUUGUGUAAAGAGCAGGAGAGCGCAUAAUGGUUCUCGGCGAUGCCUCGUCUGUUUAUAUGAAGCUUUCUCAUCUGGCCGAGCCCAACCUUAAUUCUGCCAACAGCAAACGUGAACUGCAGCAACUUUUUCCAACCUCACAUCUCCGAAACAAUUACACAAGUUCUGGUCUACCCAUUAGUCAGUCCACGUCUCAAAUCGGACAUAGAGAUGGAUGUAAUAAAUAUAUGAGCGCGAAAAACGGGGAAACAGAGUUCCUACUGGAAAAUAGAUGACCUUUAGCUCGGAUGAACCUCCCGCCGCGCUAGCACGUCUUCUUACUAUAAAUAUGGCUUUCCCGCACAUCCCCCAACUCGCUUCACUUCCCAAC